AUGCUGUACAACCUGCUGGAGUGGUCCUGGAAGGUCCCCCCGUCCUGGAGGCGCACCUUCGCGAACAGCACCGCGGACACGAACGGCACCUCGGUCAGCUCCUCGAGGCAGCACUGCACCCCGAACUUGUAUCUCUUCUUCUUGGACAUGGUCAUGAACGCCAUGACUCCGCCACCAUCGGUCGACUCACAGCCCACGUCACUUCACUUCACCUCACUUCACUUCACAUGUGUGUCCCUGGGCCCUCCGCGGGCCGGUCUACGUGGACGGCGAGCCGUGCUGGGCGCCCCGGGCCGUCGCUGGUGCGUGUGUGAGGAGGCCGGCUCCGAGCACGGACAUAUCGGCGGGCGGCUCGGCUUCAAGGAUGUAAUCAAAGCGGUCAUUAUAUUUGGAGAGUGUAAUCAAACAUUAGCGAUCAUUAUAUCAUCAGGAGACCUUCGCGUGCCGCUAGCCUCAUGUUUCGUAAGCUCCCGGGUCACAGCUGCACCGCGCAUAGAGCAUACAGCUCGACCGGAUGUGUUGUCGUUAUCAGUCCAGUCCACACUACACAAUAGUACUUGUCCUCACCACACUAUCACUGAUAAGAGCCUGCUCGCCCUUACCUUCAGUGGCAGCCUGUCUCUGGAGAGUGUUUCUCAUGAACAUUUCAAUCAUCCUGAUGCAGUCGGUUCAUUGACCCGCACCACGCGCUCGUCUGCCGCUCGUCUCCCGACCACUCUUCCCUCACCCUCUCUCCACACACCACGCUACAAGCGAUCUUUUUAUUCGUUCCAUUCUACUACAUUUUCAUUGAGGAAAGUCGACGCGCUCGUAGUGAACACGUUUUCUAAUAAAUAA